GGCAUACUAACUCGACCCUAAAAGCGAAGCUCCAGGCCAAGUACAAUGUCCGCUCUAUUCCCACGCGCCACGACGACGAGAUUACAGUGGUCCAGGGCUCCCAGAAGGGCCGUAAGGGCGAGAUCAAAAUGACCACCCAGAACCGUGGUCUCGCUUCUUCACGACCCCCCAAGGAGCUUCUUUCAAUCUCUUUCAAGACAACUAUCCAGAACCGCGGAAACGACAACACUAGUGUUGAAGACCUUGCGUGGCUGAGAACUGAAUUCCUCGGCCUGGAUGUGGCACCGUAUGAGAGGGCUUUGGGGUUGUAGAUCAGACGGAAGUUCUCACCAGGGCUUUCUACACUAUACUGAUGGAAUUCUUUAAGUCAACACGGAUAUUUAAUCGUGUCAUUUCAUACACCCUCUGCAUCCCUUUGCGUACCACAUCGGCAGCCGAGAUGUUCCUCAGAAUACCAGCGCCAUUCGGUCUUCACUUUCGAAACCGGGCCAACGAACAUUACUAUGCACGUGUUGGAAUAUAGUACCCUGGUAAAAGGACUAUACCUCCUUAGGAAUAGGCGAAAAGCCACGGAAGCGUAGAAGACCUUUUCUGAUUUUCCUGCGGGCCAGAAUCCUAUCCAUCUGCAACGACAGAGUCCAUCAUGCAAGUCCAGCGCCUCAGGCCAUCGAUAUAA